AUGUCUGCCGAAACUACAUGUGAAGUCGACAUCGAGUCAAUCAGGCCACUCGCGACCCCGAAAGAACGACUUGCUAAUUCGAGCCCUUUUGGCUACGGGGCAUUUGCGACUACGUUGAUGACUCUAUCACUGGCCAAUAUGGGUAUUAGAAACAUCGAAAAUCAAGCUGUAUUCAUUGCCAACCUCUGCUUCCUCGCUGGACUGGGUCUCCUCAUCUCAGCUCAGUGGGAAAUGGUGAGGGGUAACACGUUCGCCUAUACGACACUCAUUGCUUUUGCACUCUACUAUGGCGGUUAUGGCUUCCUGCUGAUACCUUCGGUUGGAAUAGUCGACAGCUACGGUGGCAAGACGGAGCAAUAUUAUACCGCCUUUGGAUUCUAUCUUGCUGUCUGGUCGCUUUUCAACUUUUUUUUCUUCAUUGCUGCUUUUGCGACGAAUGUCGCAAACGUCAUCGUCUAUGGAGGGCUUGAGCUUUCUUACAUUUUGAAUUGCUCAGCGAAUUUUCUAUUCGCAAGUGGAAGUGCCUCGGCCGGUGGGACUUUGGCCAAGAUCGCCGGUGGAUUUGGGUUUGUUGCUGCAUUGGCUGGUUUCUACGUGAUGGCCGCUGAGUUUUGCGGUGAAGUGUUGCCAUUUCGUAUCCCGUUGGGCGACUUGUCACAAUUAUUUCCGAGAAAGAAGAGUCAUCGGCAUCGGAGAUGA